CAAAAAAAAACAAAAGAGAAAUCAAAACAAGCGAACCCCGUCAUUGAAAUUAAAGAAAAUACUGCUUUGUUUGCGAUAAUGGGAAUGCUUUUUGCCCCGUAAAUAUGUAGAUACCAUAUAGAGGCACGGCUCACAGGAACACCCACCAAUCCAAUCCAAACCAUUUACAUUUACCACUUAGAUUAGCUGGGCUCGCAAACAACGGAUAAGACUGUAUAUCAGCUGUACGCACGGCUAUUUAGUGAUAAAACCAACGUAGUAGUAGUUCCAUUGCCACAAAGUAACAAAGAGAAGACUGAGCUGAACCACCUGCCAUUUUGAUACGGACACCCCACCGAGAUUAAAGCCCACUUUUCGAACGCCAUCCGCAGUUGUCCCGCGACCCUUACGCACUACACAUCGCAACCAUAGCCACAAACACCAUAGGAGGAUAUAGACGAUGUGCGUGAUAUUCUUUUGUGCGGACUCCAAUCCGCAGCCGGGCGGCUACAAGCUCAUCCUGGCCUCCAAUCGGGACGAGUUCUUCGCCCGCGCCACCCAGUCAGCGGCCAAGUGGGCGAAUGCCGACCAUGUUUACGGGGGGAUCGAUCUGGAACCGGGACGCGAAGGCGGAACCUGGCUGGCGAUCGGCCAUUCCGCUGGCUUCUUCAAGGUGGGCGCCCUGCUCAAUCUGACCGGCGAGCCGAAGCCGCGCGAUGCAGUUGCGCACAAGAACAUUUUGCAACCGCAUAAUCACAACAGCAACAGCAUCGGCAUUAACCUUUGCCCCAAGCCCACCACCUCCAACAGCUACCGUCAUCCGAAUCCAAAUCCGAAUCAGAACCCGAAUCCGAAUCCGAGUAAGGGACAAUCGAAUAACGAACAUUUCUUACUAGGGCGCGGCAUGAUUGUGGCGGACUUUGUCACCCAGGCGGACGAGGAGCACAACAUCCUGAACUACAACGGAAGCCUGCUCAAGGACUGCACCAAGUACUCCGCCUUCAACUUUGUGUCCAUUGAAAUCGGAUCUUCAUCCCAGCCUGCCCGCGUGAAGCUACUAAGCAAUGUGCCGCCCACGCUGGAGGACUUCCAGAACGGCGAGUGCUACGGAUUCGGCAACAGUCUGCCCCACACUCCGUUCGAGAAGGUGCGACAUGGCAAACAGGAGUUCGAGGCGAUCGUGAAGGCGCAUGGGGGAUCCAGCGUGGAGACUCUAUCCGCCCAGCUGAUGCAGUUGCUCCGCAAUAAGCACAAAUUCUGGCCGGACGUCGAGUUGAAGAGACGUGCACCCAACUGGGGCGAGGGAUUGAGUGCCCUAAAUGUUCAUAUCGAAGAUCAUGCUUACGGCAGCCGGACACACACUGUUGUCCUGGUGGAUAGCGAGAAUAAGAUGCACUUCAUUGAGGAAACAAUGAGUGGAUUGGAUCCGCUCGGCGAAUGGAGCAGGACCCACAUUGAAAAGGAUUUUCAAAACAGCGUUUAGCUAGCGACAGGAUGAGCCCAGCAUUAUCUCAUUUGAAGACUUUCAUUGUGUAGAGUAACUUAACUUACUUGGACUUUGGCAUUUGCAAUAAUAAUAAAUAGUC